UUCGCGCUAUGCUCUUUCACAUCCCAAAGAUGCGUACAGUCCUUUGAGAUGCCUACCUUGACAUGGUCAUUCUCAUUAGCCGCAGACGCUCGAUUGGAGAGAUCAAGACUCGAGACUUCUACCAUCUAUCAUCUGAAUCCGCCACAACGAAACAAGCCCCAACUUUCUAUGCUAGCAUUUGCGCCACAGGGAGAAAUGAAAGAAAACAAGAUAGGCCCGCCUACCCCCGACAGGCAUGUCUCACUCACGUAUGCAUAUACGCCAUGUACAAGAUCACAUUUGGCACAAAAGACUGCCUUUUAUUCCAGGCUUCCGACUCUUCAGAGUUGUGACAUCAACCCUUCGUGGAGACUUAUCCAUGACAUUAAAUUUUUUUCCUGCUAUAUCUUCGAUCCUUCUAACAACGGGGCAACAUGAACGUUGGACAAAUCACGAUCCUUUGAAACGACUCAGAGGUAGUUGAUAGGUUACGAGGGUCUUCCUUAAACACAUUCUAUAGCUUCAUGGCCAUUCUUCGCCUCUCCGUUGGAACAAUCAAUCACCUCAUGAAGCCCUGGCGGAACAAGUGACCUUCAGCUCACGGCCCCCUGCGGCUCAGCCCUGCGUAGGUUAACUAGUUAUCUACCUACCUUCGAAGUUCUUAGUCAGAUGUAGAAAUCUCGCGGCCUAAACUAAC